AUGAGGACCCCCUUUUUCUCAUCAUCAAAACCUUCAACCCCUUCACAUAAUUCAUCAUCUCCUCACACCUUUUGCGAAACUCUAUUGGAUGAAACAAUAGAAAACGCUGAAUUAAUUAUCGAAAAAUGGGACCUUGAUUCCUCCUCUGUCUCAACCACCUCUUAUAACAGAGUCGCUAAUCUCUUCCGUGAUAAUCCGUUAGAAGCCAAGCAACUUCUUAACGCCGUUAACGACUUACAACAUGCAAUGCAGUUUGUUAUCAAAGACAGUGCCAGCUCUAAACUUCUAGUUCGAGCUCAUAAUCUCAUGCAAAUUGCCAUAAGAAGACUUCAGAAAGAAUUCUACACUAUCUUAUCAGGGAGUCGUUACUUUCUUGAUUCCGAAACGGUGUCGUCAAGAUCCUCAAGAUCAUCCACUGCCACCUUAUCAAGUCUUUCAGAUGAAGAUGAAGUUUCUGAAGAUAAUAAUAAUAAUAGUGAAAUUGAAAAGGUCUCAGAGGUUGUAAUGGCGGAUUUGAAAUCCAUUGCUGAUUGUAUGAUUGGAGCUGGUUAUGGAAAAGAGUGCGUGAAAAUUUACAAACUUAAUCGAAAAUCAGUCAUAGAUGAGACUUUGUAUUACUUGGGAAUUGAAAAAGCGAUCUCUUCACAAAUUCAGAAAAUGGAUUGGGAAUUAUUGGAGAUAAAAAUCAAGAAUUGGUUGAGUGCUGUUAAGAUUGCAGUUACUACUCUGUUUCACGGUGAGAGGAUUCUCUGUGACUAUGUCUUCUCAGCCUCAGACAACAUAAGGGAAUCCUGUUUCUCGGAGAUUGCUAAAGAUGGGGCUUUGACUCUGUUCUUGUUCCCAGAAAUGGUGGCGAAAUACAAGAAGUUAUCACUUGAGAAAAUGUUUAGAGUGCUGGACGUCUACGACGCCAUUUGUGAGCUUUGGGUUAAAAUCGAAUUGAUUUUCUGCUUUGAUUCAAUGGAGGUAGUCAAGUCUCAGGCGAUGAUAUCACUGGUCAAGCUCGGCGAUGCCGCUAGAGCCAUGUUGUCGGAGUUUGAAUCGGCAGUUCAGAAAGACACGUCGAAGGCAGUGCCAGGUGGCGGGGUUCACCCUUUAACUCGAUACGUCAUGAACUACCUUGUUUAUCUCGGCGAUUAUAGUGACGCAAUAUCUGAAAUAAUAGUCGAUUUGCCGAUUUCAUUACAGACAUCAUUGCCGGAAUCAUACUACUUGAGCAUGACAACAGAAGACGGGGACCCUCCGCCUUCUGUUGUUGCCCUACGGCUUGCAUGGCUCGUACUCGUCCUUUUAUGUAAACUCGAUGGUAAAGCACAACUUUACAAGGACGCGGCACUAUCCUAUUUGUUCCUAUCGAACAACCUAAACUACAUCAUUUCGAAGGUUCAGCAAUCGAAUCUAAAGCUCCUACUUGGAUCCGAUUGGAUUUUAAAACACGAAAUGAAGGUGAAAGAGUACAUGUCAAAGUAUGAGAGGAUGGGUUGGAACAAAGUGUUGAUGUCAUUACCUGAAAAUUUGACGAUUGAUAUUUCAUCGAUGGAAGUGAAGGAAAGGUUUAGCGAAUUUAAUUCGAGUUUCGAGGAGGUAUAUCGAAAACAAAGUUCAUGGGUCAUACUCGACCAGAAACUCAGAGACCAAGUCAAAGUAUCACUAGCUAACAAGCUUGUUCCGAGAUAUCGGACUUUUUACGAGAAGCACCGAAGAGAAUUGGUGAGGAAUGUCAUUGGAAUGGAGUCAACUGUUAGAUUUGCCCCUGAUGAUUUGCAAAAUUACUUAUCGGAUUUAUUUCAUGGUGCUAAUGUUUCGGUUUCUAGUAUGGGAUGGAGUGGGACAUCUUCGCCGUCCGUAUCAACGUCAAUGUCAUCCUCAAAUCGAAGCCGAUAA